UUUCGAGAAAUAUUUGAUGCGAUACGCAGAACCGGAAGAGUAUUUUGAGCACUUGGAGCAGUCUGAAAAACAUAAGGUCAAGUUGCGUACGCAAGUUGCUAACUCAAAAACUUAUCUUCCAAAGUUCCUCACUUCGAAUAAAGUCUUUUACGAUUUCAGUCAGGGUUUGGAACUUGAUGUCGGUGAAGUUAUGGCAGCAGUCCUAGAGAUUGCAAAGAAAUUUAAUGUUAAAUGUGCAUUUAUCGAAUCGGUUGCAAAUAUGAUGGUACAAAUGAUACGCUUAAGAGACCAGGUUAUAAGACAAGGGAGAACUACGCCGAGAACACUUUUUCAAACAAAAUUCAAUAAAAAUGAAUUUUUGCGAAUUGACCUGGUUCGCGGAAUACCUCCAUCCAAAAAUAUGAUGAAUUACCCACCUUUCUAUCCGAAACCCAAACCCACUCCACCAACUCAAACUAGUGGCAGCUUUGCACCAGUAAACACAACAGAUUUAGACUCGAACAGUGUUAAUUCUAGAAAAAGAGGACGAGAGGAACCCACUUAUGGGGAAGAUCAACUUUGCGACACACAGGAGCUAGCAUUGCAGACUAGCAACAAACCACAGCUUGAGAAACUGUUACCAGCUGUAAAUAUUCUAGAGAAUGGGCGUGGUCCAGGAGGUCCAUCUAUGCUUUCACCACCAAAUUUGAGGAAUGCUGCAACACCAAGUAUUGCACCCACGCCAAUUUUGCCAGGGGCAGCGUCAAUUUUGUCAAAGCCAGCCCCAUUCGGCCCACUGCCUACGCUACCUCCACCAUUAAUGAUUACAGGACGCCCUAGCUUAGAGAUCAAUAAGCUCCACCCAUUGCAACCUCCCUAUCCUAUUCCUCCUUCGCUCAGCAGUUCAGUUCUCAGAGACGGUUUCGGAAACACCUUUUUAUACUCUCCAAAUGGAUAUAUCACCCCAAUGGGUGCAAUUCCAGCCCCAAAUGGCUAUCCACCGUUAAUAAGAUGUCCUCCAGGGCCUAUUCCAAUUUGCCAUGUUCCUGCUCCUCCUCCACAUGAUAAAGUGCGGGAAACACAGAUGCAAGUUGAUACACGUUUGGGGUCAAAUCAAGCAAACAGCCACAGGCAUAUCAAUACUGCAGCCAAGACUAUGGUUCAGAGUAGCAAUAGAAUACGUAGUAAUUUGCAGUGGAAGAAUAAAUAUAAAUAGUUGCAGCCAUAAGUCACCUGACUAG